AAGCUCGUUUCCCUCACUCCCCAGGACGAGGUUCCCAGUUACAUGCCUCCCACAGUCGUCCCGCCAACCAGGUGGGUAAAAUACAAGCGCCAGUGGCAUGGCUUCCAGAUGCCUGUGAUCACGUGCCAGCCCCUGGGACGCUUCGGGAAUGUCAUGGGCGAAUAUGCCACGCUCUUCGCCCUCAGGAGGAUGUACAACGCCUCGGUCGUCGUCGCGCCGGCCAUGAGCUCGCAACUCAACGGCACUUUCCCGCACCUGUCGCUUCCUCGGCACCCAGGCCCCUUCCAGCGGGAGCAGUGGCGGCCUGUGGGGAAGGUGGGCGCCCUCUACAACUACGCUCUGGUGGAGGUCGCUGCCACGGGCCUGCUGGGACCUCACCUCUUCGUCAUGACAGACUAUGCCUUCGAAAUACAGCUGUUUAAGAUUUACAAGGAGGAGCUGAGGCGGGAGUUCAGAUUCUCAGACAAAAUCCAGUCGGAGGUCCGAAAUUACCUUCAAGGCGUUCAGAGAAAACACGAAAGGAUCGCCCACAGCACCAACUCUACGACGACCUCCUCGGGUGAAGGUCCUCCUGUGCUCGUUGGCUUGCACGUGCGUCGAACGGACUACGUGAAGCAUGCUAAGAAAAUGUUUGGAGCCAAGUUGCCCGGAGAAGAGUACUUCAAAAGGGCCUUGAAUUACUAUCGUGCAAAAUUCCCAAACAAUGUGGCAUUCGUCGCAGCGUCAGAUGAUAUGGCUUUCAUUCAGUCGAAAUUAAAAACUGAAAAGGAUGUCUUUUACGCCCCAGGGAAAUCCGCAUCGUUUGACAUGGCGCUGCUGUCGUCGUGCAACCACAGCAUCGUCACCAUGGGCAGCUACGGCUUCUGGACGGGGUUCCUGGCGGGCGGCGAGGUCGUCUACCCGGACGUCAAGUUGUACAGCGAUUACAG